AUGAGCUGCCUGGAUGUUAUGUACCAAGUGUACGGGCCGCCCCAGGCGUACUUCGCGGCAGCCUACAGCCCCUAUCCCCAGAAACUCGCCUUUUACUCCAAAAUGCAAGAAGCCCCGGAGAGCGGCAGCAGCGCCAGUACCAGCAGCUCCUUCUCCGGCCACGCCGCCGCCAGCAUCAAGGAGGAGGACUGCAGCCCCGAGAAGGAGCGACCCCCCGAGGCCGAGUACAUCAGCUCCCGCUGCGUGCUCUUCACCUACUUCCAGGGAGACAUCAGCGCCGUGGUGGACGAGCACUUCAGCCGGGCCCUCAGCCAGCCCAGCAGCUUCUCCCUCGGCAGCGCCAAGGCGAGGAACGCCGGCUCCUGGCGGGCUCGACGUUACUCCUUCUGUGGUGGAUCCCUUCUGAGCUGA